CAAGCACAUAUUAUUUGAUCAUGUGACUUGUCCAAAAUGGCGGAUUAUGAAUGGUAUCCAAGAAAGAGAAACUAUGAGCGAGAACGAGAUGCAGAACGACUGCCUUCAGUGCCAGCUUCAUCUCAUCCAUUGAAAGCUAUAACAGUAUCUGAAAUCAAGCAUGCUGAUAAGAAAGGAUCAGCUUCAAAGAAGACACCAAGCAAGGGUUCCAGUAUUGUGUCGGAUCCUCUAAGUGAAAUGGGCCCACUCGGUGCAACAUUAGAUGGUUUGGAUCCUUUGUCAGCCAUGGCAGCAGAGGCCAACAGGACCAGUAAGAGUAGAGGAUUGAGCUUCGGGGAAAGUGGAACAAAAGGACGAGCAGACUCCCUGGAUGACUCGUUUGAGCCAUGGUCUGCAAAAAGAGCAGAUAUUCUCUCCAAAUAUACAACAUCAGAGAAACUGUCAAUUACUACAAGUUUUCUCUCUUCGGCUGACAAAGAACAUGUUGUGAUAAAGUCACAGAGUCAUGCUACCACUGGUACAAUGUCAGACAAGGUCAAGAAUAGGUUGGAACAACUGGAUGACUUUGAAGAGGGUUCUGUUCAAGAGAUGUUAAAUCUGAGUCAGCAGGAGUAUGUUUCUCGUAUUGAAGAUCUAAAUCAGGCUCUCAUAGCUGCUUGGGAACAGGAUCAGAGGGUGAAGGCGCUAAAAAUAGCUAUACAAUGCUCCAAGUUAUUGGCUGAUGUGAAUGUGAUACAGUUCUAUCCGAGCAAGUUUGUCCUUAUAACAGACAUUCUCGAUACAUUUGGAAAACUUGUGUAUAACAGACUGAGAGAUAAAGCCCAGUAUUUCCCUCCAGGGAGCGGUGUAGCAAUUAAGUUACCAGAGAAUUUCACCCCAGAUCAGGUACCAGAUUCAGCAAAGGAAACCUGUCGUAACUGGUUUUUUAAGAUUGCUUCUAUCCGAGAGCUUAUUCCAAGGUUUUAUGUAGAGGCAGCCAUCAUGAAAUGCUACAGCUUUCUCAAUACAGGGGAGUAUGCUGAUGCAUUAAGACGUCUGUCUCAGAUGAUAAGUGGAAUGGGUGACCCACUGGUAUCACUAUAUGCAAAAUGUUUCCUUAGUAGGGUUGGAAUAGCUGUUGCUCCUAGCAUCAGGGAUCAUCUUCUACCAAUGUUUGAUGGUUUUCUAGCAACAUACCCACAGGUACAAGGAGACAGUGUACAGAACAUUCUGGCCAUACAGAAACUGGAGAUGCCACGUUACCUGACACUGUUCUCUCCUGGUCUCGACUGGUUGCUUCAGUGUAUAGCUCAUAAGGCUUCAGAUAAAACAUUGACAGAUAUCCUAGAGAAAUCCAGGAAACAGUGUAAUAGUGCUCUGUUGCUGAACUCACUGAUAUCAGCCUUCAAACCACAGUAUAUAGCUGCUAGAGCCACCAAGUUUAUAGAGAUGAUCAAAGAAUGUGAAGAAACUGGAUUUCCUAAGCAUUUGUUGUUCCUUACCCUGGGUACGUGUCUGGCUAUUGCUGACCCGCCUGAGGAGCAGAAACUGUCAGUUUUGAAUGAAGUAUGGAAACCCAUCAUGAAACUCAAAACUCCUGCUGAUUACAUUGCCUGUGCCGAGUCAUGGAUGGAAUUUAUAGUUAAACAUUUUGGGAAAAGAGAAAUCAACACAAUAUUGAAUGACAUCAUCAAGCAUAUGACCCCCGACAGAGCGUUUGAAGACUUCUAUCCCCAGUUACAGUCUGUGCUUGCUAAGAUACUGGUACACAUUCAUGACUUCUCCCUUCUCUUCUCAUUGGAAAAAUUUCUGCCGUUUAUUGACAUGUUCCAGAAAGAAAGUGUACGUGUUGAUGUCUGCAAAAACAUUACUGAAGCUUUUGCAAAGUUCCAAGAGACUGAUACAAAGGACCCAGUUAUCAUUAAUGCUAUGAUGUUUAUUUGUAAAACCAUGCAUGACUCGGUCAAUGCACUCACACUGGACGAUGAAAAGAAAUCUAUUAGCAACAUGAUAUCCAACUUUGUGAGGAAGAUAUCAUUUGGUCGGGACUUUGAACAACAACUGAGUUUCUAUGUGGAAGCGAGGUCAUCCUUUACCAAUCUUGACAUUGUUCUGGUGCAGUUAAUUCAGAGUGUCAAUAAUUUAUCUAUUCAAACAAGAAGAGUUGUAAAUGGAAACCAUUCACGGAAAACUGGCAAUUUUGUAAGGGCUUGUGCUGCCUAUUGCUUUAUUACAAUCCCAUCCCUACAGUCAGUGUUCUCACAGUUACAACUUUACCUGUUGUGUGGACAGGUGGCUCUGCUCAACCAGUGUUACAGUCAAGGUGAUGCAUUUUUCAAGGCUUCAGUAUCAUUGAUCCCCGAAGUUCCACGUGUAAUGGAGAUGGAAGGAAAACACAGGUCUUCUGAACCAUUCCUCGUUGAUUUUAUCAGUAACUUUGUCUCUACCCUGUUAGUUGUACCAGACAACCCAGACUCCAGUGUGUUAUACCUACUUAGAGGCCUACUAAAUAUACUACAGAAUUACACAUGGGAACCUAAUUCUGAUGCUAAGGUCGUUGUUUAUACUAGAGUUCUGGCAAUGUUGUCAGCUUCUUGCCAGGAAACAUUUCCAUAUCACAUUGACAAAGUGGAUUCCAAUGAUAGUUUAUAUGCCUCUGAUCCAAAAUAUUUAAAUGAAGUACGAGGUAUAUGUUCAACUCUUGUGGAAGAAAUUCUUGCCCAUUUGAAAACAUUAACAACUCCAGAGACUCAGAAACGUCAGACUCAACUAGCUCUGGAAUUGUUCAACACAGUUGUAAAUCAUGGUGAUAUAGGACGACAGAAUCUACAAAAUUUGGUGGUCAAUUUAUGGAACCUGGUUCACAGAAGCAAUCAAGCGGAUCAUAAACAAACGAGAAUGGUGUAUGCAUCUUUAAAGAUGAAAGCAUCGGCUCCAGAUGGUAGAGCGUUCCAGGAUCUUCUUUCUAAAUUGCCUUUAGAAAAUACAAAUUAGCCAACAAACUUUGUGAAUGAGAAAAUCUUUUUUUUUUAUAUAUUAAUAAAGUACACUAAACUCUCUGCUAUGAUUAUCAUUUCCGUGUUUUGUAUGGGUACUGAAAGUGAAAGCUGCAAUAGUUUUGUAAGUUACAAGUAGACUACAGUUACAGCAUGGGUUUUCCUUGUAUUUCUGACAGAUCAACACCACUCUAGUACUAAUACAAGUACAGUCGAAACUCGGUAUCUCGAAUUUCAAGGGACCAUGCUUUUUAUUUCGAGAUAACCGAAAUUCGAGUUAUAAGAAGGGACGUAUAUGGACGAAAUGAGUACACAUUAUGAACAGAUUUAAUGAAAAAUCAGAACAGUUUCCUUGAUGCCGUGUAUAUGCUAUCGGCAAUUUACGCGUACACGAUUCCGUACAGUUCGUGUUUAUUAAAGUUUAAGUUUUUCGAAGAAUAAAAAUGGUACCAACCUCAAUGUUUUGAGUCAAGUUUCUUUUUUGUACUACAUUUCUUUCCCAGAGGAUUGACAGCAUUUCGAUCUGACAUUUUGAACGAAUGAUGCUUUCCUCCAAGAAGUUAAUUUUUAUACAGUCUCAUCGCGAUUACCUCUUAAUCCUUAUUAAAUAUCCCAACUGGUCAAACCAAUCAAUUCAUUAGUUUAAAUUAAAAGCAAUUUUCACAACGUCUCAAAUAUAAAUGUCUGCUGAUUAAAGAAAUUAAAUGUUUAAAUCAAACAAUUAUCAUUAUGACACGCGCAAACAAGGAUGACGUCAUCUUACUUUGAUAAUCACCGCACCUUUGAUAUGUCGGCAUCGCGGCUUUCUGGUUAGGCAAAAGCAUAGACAUGUGUUAAAAACCAACCACAUUUAAUGACAUGUGCAAAAUUUUAUCGCAUAUUUUUCUCACUUCGACUUACCGAGUUUACAAUGCACUUAAAUGUUAUUGACGGGACUGAAAAUCCCUUUCGACACAUCCGGAGUCGCGGUAAGUCAAAUUUUGACGUAACCGAAGUUGAAUUACAUAUAUGAAGAAGGAAAUUUGACGGGACUUGAAAAUUUCUUCGACUAAACCGGAAUUUCGAGGUAAGCGAGUUUGAGAUACCGAGUUUCGACUGUAUUUGCAUAUGAGCUGUGAUAAAAAUAACUACACCUGGAUCCGAGACUGUGGAGGACAUUAUAGUUGUAAAUUUUAGUUUAAGGCACAAUACUUUUUAAGCAUGUCAUUCUUCUUGGACACUUGCAAAUUAUUUUGAUGGGAUCUAAUACAAUUGAACUGUUUUGCCAUCCUUGUUUUCCAAUUUUUUCCUCAGAUAGGCUCAUCUUAAUAAUUAGAACCAUUUUUGAAAAUGUGCUGUAUUUUUAAUCAAAAAUUAUGUAAUCAGCAUCAUUUUUGAAAUGUGUUGAUUUUUUUUACACCAAAAUUAUUUAAUAAGCACCCAUUAUGAAAUUUGCUAAAUUUUUACAACCAAAACUUUAUGUAAUUAGAACCAGAUUAGGAAAAUACUGUAUUUUAACCAAAAAUUAUGUGCAAUAAAUGAUUUAAGUUACUUUAUAUUCUGAAAAGAAAAUAGAAAAAAAAAGAUAUUUUGUUUGUCUGAAAUAACGGUAUAAAAAUGAGAAGAGUAAGGGUAUUUUUAUUACUGUAUAAACACAUUUAGGUAUCUUUAUAUAAUCUAGAAGAGCUUGAUCUACCAUCCUGUCCAGACCUUUAGUCACUUUGAUUAUUGAUUCUGACAGGCAAAAUUCUUACAGGAUUUUAUUUCGAUUUCUAGAUGUUGAAAAUACUCCUCACUAUUUCUUAUGAGUUGAUUUUUUCUAUGAACCUGCAAGAAGAUAAAAGAAAAUAUGAAAAUGGUACCUAAUGCUAAAUGUAGAGUUAUGUGCGUUUUCUAAAUGCUGUUAUCAAAAAUUAUAUGCUUAUUAUAUUAUGUGAAUACAACAUUGUUAGAUAUAAAACAAAAGAGUAAUAUAUAAAAAAAAAUAUAAAGUUGUUAAUUGUU